AUGCUCGGUCCACUUGUUGGUUCUGCAAUGCUGCUGGUCGCAACAGCGAUCUUUCUAUACUACACGGCAUGGACCCUGUUGAUGCCCUUCGUUGACCAAGGACAUCCUCUCCAUGACCUCUUUCCUCCCCGUGUUUGGGCUAUUCGAAUUCCCGUCAUCCUCACUCUCCUAGGAUCAACUGUCGUCGGGUCAUUCCUCGGAAUUAUGAUGAUUCGCAGCAGCAGGAAGAAGGCUGCAAAGGCUAAAGCGGCGGCCAGCAAGAAGAAAACAUAA